GUGCCUCAACAGCUGAAUUGAAACGGCGUCAUUUAGUUGAGUUCCAGUUCAGACAAGUACGGUUUGGGCUGCAAAACGCAAAGCCUUAAAAUCCUAUCAUCAUUAGUAUGCAAUUGUAUACUGUAUGUGGUACUGAGCAACCGCGUUGAAUAUUUUUCUGCAAAAUUUAUCAGAAGGCUACGAUAAUUUGUGAUUUGAAGAGGAUGCUUGCUUGUCUGGGUAGAAAAUGGACGAGAUUGCCGACGGGUAAUCCAAAACCAACCUGGAAACUGGUCAACGGGGACGCAAGUAGCAGCAGAGGAAGAAUCGCGAGAGGAUUAAGCGCUGGAUUGGAAACGAUAGCUAAAGAGAGAGUUGACACCGUCGUGAUCGGUGCCGGAGUCGUGGGUUUAGCGGUGGCGCGUGAGCUCAGUCUCCGCGGAAGAGAGGUGCUGAUCCUCGACGCCGCCUCGUCGUUCGGCACCGUGACGAGUUCUCGAAACAGCGAGGUCGUCCACGCCGGAAUCUAUUAUCCACCAAACUCUCUAAAGGCCAAGUUUUGUGUAAGAGGAAGGGAAUUGCUCUACAGGUAUUGCUCAGAACAUGAAAUCCCUCACAGGAAGAUUGGUAAGCUAAUCGUUGCCACAGGAUCCUCUGAGAUACCGAAACUGGAUCUAUUGAUGCAUCUUGGAACUCAGAAUGGAGUCUCGGGUCUAAGGAUGUUGGAAGGUUUUGAAGCAAUGAGAAUGGAGCCGCAGCUUCGGUGUGUUAAAGCAUUGCUAUCUCCUGAGUCUGGGAUUCUUGAUACACAUGCCUUGAUGCUAUCUUUAGUGGGAGAAGCAGAGAACAGUCACGCAACUUUCUCGUACAAUACAGUGGUUUUAAACGGUCGUGUUGAAGAAAAGAAGAUGCAUUUGUUCGUUGCUGAAACCGGAUCAUUUGAAUCUCGGUGUGAGGCAGAGGCACAGCUUGAGCUAAUCCCUGAUCUCGUUGUUAACUCUGCGGGAUUAGGUGCUCAAGCUCUAGCAAAGAGAUUCCAUGGCUUAGAUCAUCAAUUCAUUCCCUCCUCUCACUAUGCUCGUGGAUGCUACUUUACGCUAUCAGGCACAAAGUCUCCACCUUUCAAUAAGCUUGUGUAUCCUAUACCUGAGGAAGGAGGUCUCGGUGUCCAUGUCACUGUUGAUUUGAACGGUCUUGUCAAGUUUGGUCCCGAUGUAGAAUGGAUUGAAUGCGCAGACGAUCAAUCAAGCUUCCUUAACAAGUUUGAUUAUCGUGUAAACCCACAACGAGCGGAGAAAUUCUACCCAGAGAUCAGAAAGUACUAUCCGGAUCUCAAAGAUGGAUCAUUGGAACCUGGUUAUUCAGGCAUCCGUCCUAAGCUUUCCGGCCCAAAACAGCCUCCCGCAGAUUUUGUCAUACAGGGAGAGGAGACUCAUGGAGUUCCUGGUCUUGUGAAUCUCUUUGGCAUCGAAUCGCCUGGUUUAACUUCAAGCUUGGCUAUUGCAGAACAUAUAGCAAACAGGUUCGUAAGAUGAAUUUAAGAUCAUUUCCACGUUUGAGGUUAAAGCUGGCCCAAAAGUGGAACGCUUAGCAAGUUCAAACAGUUUCCUUUCUGUGUGAAAAUUUUUAUAGACUGUCUAUAAUUUUUGACGACCUUGCUAAAGUACUGUUGUAUUGAAAUGUUAAAAACUCAAGCUUUCAUCUUCUGUUCGACCUCUAAAUUAUCAACUCAAGAAAACGAUUCUGCUGUUACUAAAA